GACAGGGGCAGUCAUGUCUCACAGUGGGCUCCAGCUGAAGCAGUGAGGGGGAGGUCGGGCACUGAGGUGGCCUGGAGGCGCUGGCAGCCAGGAGGAAGGGCAGGGGGGAUGAGGAGGAGAACAGGAGGGAUUGUGGAGGUUUCAGACGACCGCUCCGUGCUGCACACGCUCCUUCUGCGCCAGACGGAACUGUGAAUAGCCGGGCUUUAUCACCAACAGGACACGAUGUGAUAUCUGUAUUUGAGUUCGGGAGUUAGACAACAAGCCGGGGAGUUUAAUGGACUUUUAUCAGCGGUCUUCUGCUGGAAGUCCGCUGAAGGGCAACUACUCAGAGUCCGAGAGAAGGAGCUUAUCGGUGACUUUGUUAAUAACCACACUGCCGCCACCUUUUAACGCACAGUCCACCACGUCGACGGCGGUUUGAAACGAGGAUGUUGCGGUGGCUGGUUUGUGGUCGGGUGGGUCCAGUUUGGAUGUGGAAGGCGCUGCUGCUCUUCGUUGCCAUUGCCUUUGCUGGCCAGCUGUUGGGGGUCAUCUUCAACAAGAGCAGUGUCCAGCCAGCUGGUCGCUCCAUCUUCUCGUCCCCUGAUGCUCAGGGCCCCUCUCUGGGCUCCUGCCAGCCCCACACCCAUGUCAUGUUCCUCAAGACCCACAAGACAGCCAGCAGCACCGUGCUCAACAUGCUGUAUCGCUUUGGGGAGGAGCGCGACCUUCGCUUCGCCCUGCCACUGGGCUACCAGCUGGGCUACCCACUGCCCUUCAACGCCCACAGGGUCAAAGGUUACCGAGGUCCCAGAGUCGUGGAGUUUCACAUCAUGGGCAAUCACAUGAGAUUUCAUAGGCCUGAGGUGGAGAAGGUGAUGCCUGCAGACACGUUCUAUUUCUCUAUCAUCAGGGACCCGGUCGCUCUGGCCGAGUCCUCCUUUGCCUAUUAUAAGGAGGUUGCGCCUGCCUUUCGGAAAGCCAAAAGCUUAGGCGACUUUGCUGAUGACCCCAAGAAAUACUAUGAUCCUCGUCUCCGCAAUAACCACUACGCUCGCAACCUGUUGUGGUUCGACUUUGGCAUGGACCACAAUGCUAAUUUCUCUGAGGCCCUGGUUCAGCGUGCUGAGGCCAUGAUCCGCCGAACCUUCAACCUGAUUCUGGUGUCAGAGUACUUUGACCAGUCCAUGAUUCUGCUGAGACACGCCCUCUGCUGGCCACUGGAUGCCGUCGUCUCAUUCAGCCUCAAUGCUCGGCAGCAGAAGCCCAGUAGCGUUGGGGGGAUGAGUGGGAGCUGGAUGGGUAAAGCAGCAGCGGCAGCUGGUGUUGGUGGUAGAGCGGGACGUUCACAAGCCAAGACACUGACCAAUGUAACAGAGGAGCAGCGGGAGAAGCUGCGGGAGUGGAAUGCCCUAGACUGGCACUUAUAUAAAGCCUUCAACCGGACCUUUUGGGGGGAAAUUGAUAGGUUCGGACAUACCCAGAUGGAGCAGGAAGUUGCUCUUCUCAGGACACGACGGGAAGAUCUGGCCCGGGUUUGUCUCAGGGACGGCGGGAAGCCUGUGGAGGCGCACCGGAUCCGGGACAAAAACAUCCGCCCAUAUCAGAGUGGAUUGGUGAAGAUUCUUGGCUAUGAGCUCCAGCUGGGGCUGGAUAACGCCACCAGGACGGCCUGUCUCAGGAUGAUCAGGCCUGAGAUCCAGUACAAAGAUGUGCUGGAUGCUAAACAGUUCCCACGGGCUGCGGCCCAAGCCCAAACUGGGCAGCAGAGCCAGGGCCUGAUGGUAGCAGCAGGUGGCUCUCUUUUAAGACAAGACUCAUCCAGGACAGCAGAGAGGCCAGUUAGGGGAGAGGCUGGGGGGAGGGCAGUGGAGAGAGACUGGGAUGGAAGCCGCUUAGUGAGGAGGAACCAGACCUUGAUACGAGACAAAGGAAGAUUGAGAUAGUUCGAGGUGAGUCUAGCUCUUGAAUACGGUACCUUUGGUCUCUGAACAGAUGGACUAAUGACCUGAAAACUGAGCCAAGUGUGGUUACACGUGAGAAAACAAAAAGCUCCUCCUUUGCACUUCCACUUUUUGGUUGUUUGCUUGUUUUCUUAAAAACUGUCUUUGCUUUUAGUUGGUGUAGUUCUUGUGAACUUGAUCCUUGACCUCUGAAUGCCUGGGAUGCUUUCAUGGCAGCAGUAACAGGUUGAAGGAGCGUUAUACGUUUAAUCUCAACAGAAAGUGAAAAGAUCACAUGUUUUUAUGAGGAGAAACACUCGAAAAGUGUUGGCAGGUACGUUCUGUUUUGCUGUUAAUUUAUAGACACUCAGAAGCCUGUUUUACUUCCUGCUCAUAUUAAUACUUUUAAGAGUUACGAUUUUCAAGUUGUCCUUGGUGCACAUGCUAAAAAUUUCUCAACAUAAAGGUACUCUCUAAUGCAGUACUAUUACAGUGAGUCACUGAGCUAAGCACCACUUUCUUUAAAAAUAAAACCUUGUGGCCAUUUCGAAACAUUUCACCAGAAUCCUCAGAGAUUCUUUUAGCAAUUUGACUACAGCAGUAUUCUGUCUGCUGCACAGUAAACAUGAUUUUUUUUUUACUUGUUUCCAAAGUUGUGACUGCAUUUAAUUAUCAAAACAAAAGUGGUAAUUGGAAAUGUCAAAUUUCGUGGGUUAGGCCAGUGUAAAAAUGUUCAUACUGGUUUGAUGUUAAGCCAAACAUUGGACCGAACCAGUAUGCCGAAUUUUACCACUAGGUGUUGCACUCAAUAGCAGCUCCUGAGUAGAAUGACACUGUGUUCUAAUAUUGAGCAAGCAUCAGACUAUUGUGUUGCAUCAUGAACAUCGGAGCUCUCAGUACACAUUGAACCAAUAAAUAUGCACUUCUGUUACAUCAUGUAAACAAAGUAGGUACCUAUCAACUGUGCACUAAAGAUCAGCUUUAUAUGGUGUAUAUAUUUACUGGAAAUGACAUACAACAGCAAGUAGCCUAGUUUGUUAUUAGCAAUGGUCAUUUACCAGAAACUUUUCAUUCCCUGGGGAUCUCCCUCCAGUCAGCUGUCACCUUAUUUUUGUUUAUUUUUUUGUAGUAAAAUAUGAAGCUAUUGUGCAGAUAAUUCCCUCAUUUCAGCUUAUUAUUAUGUUGCCGGUGUUGAGUUGAAGACUCUUUCCCCAUUCUAUUUGAGUUUCCCCCUACCAAACCUUAAGCCCUAACCCUAACCAAGGAGGGUGUUACACAUUAACGGGAGGGUUACACUAUACGAAACCAGCGCUCGGCAGUAGAUUACACAAAGAUUGUUUAACAGUAGCAACUCCAUUAAUCCAUUUAUAAACAAACAUAAUAAUCAUGUGAUUAUAUUGCUUAUUACUAAUGCAAUACAAGUUAGAUUUAGCAUCUUGACGCUGUCAGCACAGGUUGGUGAUGUAGGCUACUUUUUAAUUUGCCAGAACAUGUCAUAAUGACAACUGCUGGUUCAGCUUGUUUGCAUAAAAUCAAACUGGUUUAAGCUUGUGCACCAGACCAGAACUGCUUCGAUUCCAAAGUGUUACCAUAUUGACACAGUUUGGUUUUCUCAGCGACAAACUCUGCCUCUUGUCAUCACCCCAAAAAACACAGUAACUUAAACAAACACAAUCUGCACCACUCUUCCACCUCCCAAACCAGGCCAGACUGGCAAAAUUGGAAAUCAACCCAACUACAUAAUUCCCAGCUUAAUGUACAAAAAUUAAAAGUUUUAAUUGUCAGUCAUACUGUCCUUUCAGUUACUCCAUUUUAGACAAAAUAAUGCAUUUUUAUUGUAUAUAUUAUACAAAAUUAGCAGGGAGAUGUGUUAUUUCUCUCCACCAGAUUAAGGAAACAGUUGCAACUUAGAAAAUGGGUAAAAAAUAUAUCGCGCAGUGGAUGGAAAUCUUUGCGACAAAUCUAAAUGUUAAACUAUCUUUAGACUGCUGGGUAUUUUUUUUAAAUGCUUGCUAAGCUCUGUGACUCUAAAGCAGUGGUUAUACAUGAGAGGCACAAAUUGGGGUUAGAGUGUGUAUACAACACUAAUUUUCCAUUACUGAUAUGGUUUGUAAAGUCAGUUUAGGCUGGUACUGUGAUGGACAAAAAGAAUUAGGAUUUCUGUCUUGGAAACACUUAGCUCAGCUUCAGUCAGUAUUGAGCCCUGUUUGGAACCACAAACCUGAACUGCUUCUUAAAUAUCUCUUAAUAAUACAAGAGGGGAAAAUGAUCCGAGGCCUGUUCUCCAGUUCUGAUACUCACCAGCCUGCAGGAGGCUGCUUAAUGUCAGCAUUUGGGCACAUUCUUUCCUUCCACUAUCUGCUAAAGUAUUCAUCUGUUUGACACAUGAAGACACAUUACCAUGGAGAUCCAUUAAUAUGUUAUGAUGUCAGAUAUUAGAAAUGAAGUUCAUAUCAGGUUGGGCCAAAAUAAAUCAAAAAGCAGUUGUGUGUUAAAGAGGCACUCCCUGAUUCUUUGUAAUGGACAGUAAUGUCCUCAACUCCCCAGAUUCCCCUGCUGAUAGACUCUUGACAAUGAGUCAGCAGGUUUAUGGGGGAAUUUUAAGUUACACACUACAGUUCCAACACUAACGUAUAUUCCAAGAGGACAUCAGUGUCGCUCAGGAGCCUUUCUAGCUCCUAUGUUUAAAAAAAAUAGAAUCAACAAUGAAAGCGAUGCUCCUAAAAACAGGGCCAACAAAAUAAGGAAUACAUACAAAACCAUAACCUUAAAAAUGAUGUCAGAAACACAACUCAUAAGGCAAAUAUUACCUAAACAGAAUUUGAACCAUAUAUAUCAUUGUCAAAUGAGCUGUGAUAGGUUUCUUUAACAAAUGAGACCAUGGCUGAAAUGAUUUGGAUCACCGUCUCAGACUUACAGACUCAUCUACAGAAAAUACUAAAUUCUGCUUUAAGUGAGAAGCUGAAACUCUUCAUCAUCCCUGGAGUGUGGCAUGUUUAUCUGAGUCACAUGUUGUGUUACAGCCUGGUGCUGUGUGGUACUUGCUGAAAGCCUGCUGAUAUUUUAUCAGUAACAUGCUGCUGCAUGACGAUUCAAAUGUUGCUACAUCUAUAACAAAAAAGACACAUCUUUACAUCUGUCAGGGACACCACAGACAGGUUCUCACUUGAUGGUCUUGUGCAUACCUGCAGUCUGACACAGAAUUCCUACAUUUGCACAUGUGUGUGCUUGCUGACAUUGUCUGACUGGUUUUUGACUACACUCAGACACAGUGGUUACAUCAUGGUAUGCAACCUCUUCAGGAGCUCUACAGAGAUUCCAUGGUUCCCAAAGCAAAAUGAAUUAUACAUUAGACUUACAGCAUUAAAAGUCAAGUGAUGCCUUGCUCUUUGCUUUUUUAUGUGUGUGGUUUCUAAAGUUUAACUGUACAAAACUCAAAUAGAAACAUUUUGAAAUUUAUUGAUCUUCAUGUACGAAGUACAUUCUGUCUAAAGGAGCAGUGGGCAGCUGUUCUCAAGUACCUGUAUUUCCUAACCUGGCUGUCAGUUUGUGUGGUGUUGGAGGAAGGCAGAGCACACAGGAAACCCAUGCGAGCGCCUCUCUAGCUUCUCUGGGACUGGAUAGCAGACUGUGGUCUGUGCAUGAACAGUCAAAGCACUUCAAAGUGAGCCAACUUGUCUGCUGCGGUUUCCACUUUCUGCCAUCAGUCAGUGCAACACGACACAGUCUUUCCUGUGAUAUGUGAACCCCUCAUGCACAGUGAUCUAAUUUGUUUAAGAGCAAUGCAGUCACACCAUUUGAGAAUGAUAUUUAGAGAUGAAUAUUUUACAGUGAGCCAUGCAGUUUUUGCUUACACCUGUCUGUUAGGAUUCAACUGCCAAACAUAUUUUAAGAACUCUCAGAGUGACGCAAAAAAGAAAUGCUAACUGACCCUUUGCUAAGCCCCGUCCCCUUGCAGUGGUCUGUCAAGCUGUCGGCGUGAGCAUGGAGCCCAUACUUUCACUAACUGAACUCCCUCAAGAAAUAUUAUGAAAAUUUUGGGGAAAAAAGGUGACUUCAGAGAGAAGCAGAUAGAAGAGUGUACAAUAUGUGUCUGAAGGAUAUAUCCAGGAUGUCAAACUCAUUCAGCAGCAAAAGCUGAAGAUAAAAUUAAAGAUAAAGAUAGCUAUUGCUAAAGUCUCCAGGUUACAGUGUAAAAGUGAACCACGGCUAAGUUUAGAACAGUAUACCGGUUUUAAGAUAUACUGUGAUAUAGAAAAUUGACAGUUAUUGUACAUGUACAUUUGUUUUUCUACGAUAUUGGGAAAAAAAACUGCAACUGGACAGAGAAUCUCUCAGACAACAUUAUUUUAGUUAUUGUCAAAAGGAAUACUUUUUACACAUACUUCUAUUAACAAAAUUGUUUCAAGUUUCAAUGAAAGUAAUAGAACAUUUGUUCAACCAACAAUAACCUUUCCAUUUUCAUUCCUUUAAGGGUCAUUCUGAUUGGUAAUAAUAAUAAUAAUUCUGUAAUACCAUGAUACUGUGAAGCUGUGAUAUUUUCUGAGACAGUUGUCAUACCAUGAAAAUCUCAUACCCUAACCACCACAUCACUGGUAAUAAAAACCAAGCACAACAACAAUAAAGGGGAACGUUUUCAAUUCGAUUUUCAACCAGCUGUGUGUCAUUUCUCUGUAUGCAGAUAAAUGGUUUUUGGCUUUCCACCAUGCUGCCAGUGCUCAGAGCUCCCAGCCUGUCUGCUGGCAGAGGUCUGGGCACUGGCAGCAUGAGAGAAAGCCAAACACCAUUCAUCUGCACACACUGCAAUGACACACAGCUGGUUGAAUAUCGGCAAAGUUUUCCUGCUUUCCUUCACUGGUUCCUGUAGAGCAGGGUCGAUCUUUGUCAUCAUGCACAGUCAUUAAAAGUACCCUGUGUGUAACAUUUGAUUUUGGAACAGGUAAGAAACUUAUAUCUCCUUCCACAAGGAGACAUACCCCAGGCACAACAUUAAGUUCAAAUUCCAAAAAAACAGCCUUAAAUGAAGGAAAUCUUAAAUGAUUGCAUGAGAGUCUGUGGAGAACAGCUGUGUUGUUGUUGGACUCUUUUUGGAGCUGGCCGAUGCUACACUAUGAUUGGCCAGUCUGCGUUUGAGGGGUGGGACUUAGCAAAGGGUCAGUUAGGCACAUUUCCAUCAACUGGUUUAGUGCAAAUAUAACUCGGAUUGCACUGAAGAUUGCAUUUUGGCCAGUGCGUUCUGCCUCUUUUGCUCUCCACACAAACUGUUUAUCUGCCACUCAAACGUGAUUGGUCAAUACCACUUGAACUACAAACAGAAACCAGAAUGCUACUAAUACCAAAAUCUUGUCCAUAUUGGCCAUGUUUCUUGUUGCCCAGAGACAAAGACAAAUUAUGUCAUUGUGGGAAUAUCUGGGAAGACGCUGACAGCUGGAAAAGCUGAUAAGUCAUGUUUGUUUAAUGUUUGCUACGUGUGCACAUAUUUAAACUUCUGCGUGUCAAUAUCUCAUUUUGCGCAUCAACUCCUUUUUUUAAAAAAAAGGCAAAAACCACCACGCGAGCGUAAAAACUUUUUGCACACUUGAGUAAGAUUUACUGAAUUUUGCAGUUUCCAUACUUACAUACAUUUCUAAUGCAAUACUUUUCUAAUGCACAUAAGUACAUUACAACAUGGCUGUUUGCCAAAUCACAGUAUUCAGUAUUGUUAAUGCAUAUUUUGGCACUGUUCACUCUCUACAGCGAAUAAUUAUGUUGAGAGAUGCAAGAUAAUAUCAGUACAUCAUCGGUAUUGACUGAUAUCGGUUUUAAAAUGAGGUAUUAGAAUUGGCCAACAUGCUUUUUCUUUAUUUUGCACAAAGAAUGAAUAUUACUUACAUUGAAAAGUACUGUAUUUCAUGUCUCCAUCUGCUGGUAGGCCAUCAUUAUGAGAGUAUGCAUGCAUAAUAUGAUGUUAAUUCUACUACAGAAGAGACUGAUCACUAAAAUCAGGUGGGGAUAAAAAGUGGAUGUAUUGAUAUCAGUAUCAGUUAUCAGCCAAAUAAGACAUUGGCAAAAAAUCCAAUAUCGUGCAUCCCUAAUUUUGUUGACACUUAUCUUGGAAAAGAUAUUACAGUUUGGAAGAACUGUGGCUGAAAUAUGUGUUAAAAUAGAGUACUGAUAUCUGAGAAUUAUAUACACCCUCUGACAAAUCAGAGCUUAAAUUUAGCUAAACGUGGUAUAGAUCAUAUUAUGCUAUUGGAUACAACAAGUGUAACUGCUACAUAUGUAAGGGCAUAUCUGCCAACAUUAAAGAAGUUUAAAAAACACUUGUUGAACAUUGGGAAAAUUGUAAAUGCAGCCAUCAAGUCAUAGCAUUCACACAGAGACAUCUUUUGCAGCAAAUCCCAACAUCACUCCCCAUGAUACUCAGCUGCAGAGGGUUCAGGUUCACUUAUGGAAUAGAGGUCUUGAAAGUCUGUCAGAGCUCUGAUUGUGUAGCUCUUUAAAACUUCCAACACUGAACAUUUGACUGAUUGAUGCUUACAGUCCCAAACAAAGAGUCCUUCCACCGAACAGCAGAGUGUAUUCUCCAACCUGUGCAGUGUGAAUGGUGUCACCUUGCAGCAGUCGGCCCUCCGGGGGGGAUUGGGUGCACUGCUUUGUGUUUUUAUGACUACCUCCUCUGUUCCUUCCAGUGAAAAGGAGAUUGUUAAUCAGCUUUUACAGUCACCUAGUUUAGACACUGAGUCGAUGGAGAUUUAACUCAAAUUUAAAAUUAAAGGAACAAACCUGUGUGCAUUCAUCUUCCCUUCCUCCAAAAAAACAUCAGUGUAAAUUUAUUUUCACUAUAAUUUUAAACUCAACUUGCAAACAAUUUUUUUCAGUUGCACAAUCCCUCAUUACACUGACCAUAGUAUGGAAUAUGGAGCCAAACCAGUACGUAACCGUGAUCCAAGACCUUCACAGGUCAUGGUCAAUCACAGCCUAUUGACAGCGAGUUUUUUUAGAAAAAAUGUUGCCAUUUUACAUUUCUGCAAACCACGGAUAGAUUACAUUUGCACAUUAUUAUGUUUGCGUGUUACUAUGUUUUGGCUUAAAAUACCUGGUUUAGGUGCACAACUCACGCUGAAAAAGUAGUUAUGUCUUGGUAAAAUACAUCUGCUUUCCCUGCCACUAUUUUGCUGGAAAUACAGUGAUUUCUCAGUAAAAAAAAAAACAACCACUUCUCAUGCCACCAUCUCUAUUGGAAAUGCAGUGAUAUGUUGAUAAAAAAAAAAAAAAAAACAAGAACUACUUGUCUUGGCACUAUCUCGCUAGACAAGCAGAGAUGUCUGUAAAAUAAAACCGCUUUUCGUGGCACUACCCUCGCAGGAAAAGCAGGACUUUCUCGAUAAAAAACAACUGCUUUUAAUGCUGCUAUCACUACGGGGAAUGCAGUGAUGUCUCGGUAAAAAACAACUGCUUUUCAUGGCACUAUCACUGCUGGAAAUGCAGUGAUGUCUCGGUAAAAUACAACAGCUUUUCACAGGACUAUACCUGCGGGAAAUGCAGCUAUGUUUGUAAAAAACAGCUGCUUUUCUUGGCACUAUCCCUGCUGGAAAUGCAAUGAUGUCUGUUAAAAACUAUCGCUUUUUAUUCCACUAUUACUGCCAGAAAAACUGCAAUGAUCACCACAAAACUCCCAUGUUAGGUGCCUAAAAAAUACUAGAAACACAGCAUAAAAUAAACAAACAGUUUUGUUGUUUGUUGGUUGCAAACAUUGCUCUGCAGUUUGGCAGCCAUCUAGACCAAGUGACCUAUCACCUCUACCUCCAAAAAGACAUAGUCAGCUCAUAUACUACGUCACUUUAGAAAUAUUGAUAUGAUAGGUAUGAAACGUAAAUGUAAGGUAUUUAUGGUUUGCAGAAAGUGUAUAAUAACAUUUUUAAAAAACCUGCCUAUAGUCUUCUUUUUUUACUUAAACAUAAGAUUUUUCUUAAGAAUCCCUUAUGUUUUGAUUAUUAGAUAAUUGUGAAUAUUAUAUCAAAACAUGUCUAAAUUAACAUGACUUUAUUUCCUCUAGUGCCACCAUGAGGACAAUAACAGACUCCACAGGCUUGUAUUGUAAUGGAGAACGGGACUAAACCUAGUAGAUGUUUGCUGUUGUAGGCCACCACUGUUUAAUGAACACUAAUGCACAGAACAGUUGCAGACAGAGAGACACAAUAGUGUUUUUUUCAUGCUUUAGGAUGCAGUCUUAUUAUGGAGCAGGGCUUUAAAACAAUACCCUUCUGUAUUUGUUAUUCUAUUUGCCAUUUGUACAUACUGUAUUUAUCAGGGUUUCUUUUCUUAAGAGGUUAGUGAUGAUAAGGGGAAAGGGUGUAUCUGUCACAGUAUGAUGGAAUUUAUUAUUGACGUUGAUGAGAAAACAAGAAAUAUGCACACACCCCGGUGUUCAGUCAGUGUUGAAACACUGAAAUGCAACUCAGUUAUUAUGGCUGGGUAUUUUCAGUGUUCAGAGUCAUUUAUUAGCUAUUCUCAUCCACUGUUCGUAUGUAUACCUAUCAAAAGCAAUGCAGCAGAAUUGUUCUUUAACCUACAUAAUUGCAAAGGAUGUGACUUUGCCCAAGAGAGGUGGUUGUGUCCCGUCUGAAACCAAGUGAUUUUAGAGUUAUUUUAAGGUACUUAAAGGUACUUUAAGGUCACUUAAUGUUAAGUAUGUAACUUUACGUUAAGUACAGAGCAUAAUUAUGACCAACCAUAUAUCUUUUCCUUAACCUAACAUUUGUAACUUUACUUCCCUAAACCUAAUUUACAAAACUUUAAGUGAAGUAUGUACUUCACAUACUUAAUAUAAAGUUAUGUGAAGUUUACGUGAAAUAUAUAAAUUUGUUAAGUAAGUUUUUUAACCUAACCUACACAACUUUACUUUACUAGACCUAAUCUACAGAAUUUUCCGUUUGGUACAUAAGUGUCAUACUUAACGCAAAGUUACAUAACAGAACAGAAUUUUAUGUGAAGGACACACUCAAACAUGAUUCUUUUCCUUACCAUUAUAACUUAACCUUUGUAGCCUUACUUUCCUAAACCUAAGCUACAUUUCUUUAUGCUAGUUACAUAACUUUACAUUGAGUACGUAACAUGAUGACACCCAACCAUGAUUCUUCUCCUUACCUUAGUAACUUUACCUAACCUAUGUAGCUUUACUUUCCUAAACCUAACCUACAUUGCUUUAUGCUAAGAACGUGACUUCACGUUAAAUAUGUAAUGUGCCGACACCCAACCAUGAUCCUUUUCUUAACCUAAUCCAACCAGUAAGGACAGUAAUUUGUUGGACACUAAUUUGUUAGAUAUCAUAUGAACCAUUGUAUGUGGUUACAUCACAUUUAUUGAUCUCACUUGAUGAUAAGCAUGAUUUCAUGAUUAUAUCAUGCUGUUGUUUUACAAAAUGUUAUCAUACACAUUUAGAAUUUUAAAAGAUUGCAGUGAAAGAAAUUACUUAUUAAUAACACAGGUAAUAACACAUGGCACUAGAACAAUUCAUCACCCUGAAUAUAAAUUAUUUCAGAUGGUAAUGUAUCUCAGAACAAUACAAUGAUUACGUGUUGAUCUCCAGAUAAUGCCUCAAAAUGAUCAGUAACCACCGCCACACAAUUAUCUCGUAAUCACAAGAUAAAGUUUAUAAAUAUUAUCUCUUAAAUAUCUUAUCAGGUAUUUGAGAUAAAGAUCUCAUAAUUAGAAAACAUUUUUGCUCCAUUGAAGACAUUUUCCUGUAAUUAUGAGAAUUUAUGUCACAAGUAAGGACACAGAGGUCAUAAGUAUAUAUAAUUACGGUUACAAUGUGUUUCUAUACACACUGUGUACGCACAUCCCCACUUACACUCCCAAUCACACAAACGAACUGUGCUGCAAGGUAACAGAAAGGAAACUAAAAACGGUGCUUGAUUUUCAUGCCUGUCUUCCCACACACUUUGUUUCUUCCAGGGGGAAUGUGGUUAAAAUGUUAAUACUGAUAUGGUACUGUGACUUCUUUUCUAGCUAUUUACUAGUAUCAGAGUUUUCAUAAGUGAACAUGUAUGUUACAUAGUGUGUCAGAAUAAAAGGUACGUCUUAUGUCAAACCAUUUAAAUGUCAGUUUUCAGAGGUCAGAAUGAGCAGAAGGUCUGGUACACAGUAUGAUUCAUCUUUUAUCACUCCUUUUGAAUAGCCUACAUCCCUGUUCUAAUAUUCACACAACACUGGGCUGUUAUUGACAGGACACGCUUUAUUGAUUGGGGAUUCUCUCAAGCUGUUACAGAUUUCACUGUACUGGAAGUGUAAGAGUUUGUUCAGAAAGCAACAGUGUACUUUGGAUCUUACUUGAAAAUGUUCUCUUUUUUGGUGAGACUUGUACUAGAUCACGCUCUUUGUGUGCAUCCUUUGAGUUUUUUUUCUUGUACUGAAUAAAGCAACAUUUCUUGAACUUCA